UCCCUCUCUCUCUCUCUCUCUCAACCCCACUCCCAACUUUUAUAUGUAGGAGCAACCAUCCACUAAUUAAUCUCCUACCACUGCUCCGUAUAGCAGCCCACAGAGAAUCUUAGUGGCUAAGAAACUCGACGUCUUCUUCAUCCUACUUUCUCCUACUCCUCCCAGUUCUCUCAGUCACUCGCAAUCUCCUCUUCUACCUUACCAAAGAAAAGCUUAAGGAAUUCCUCUCAUCGUUCAUGAAGAAACAGAGCCUCUUCUUUCUCAUAUCCCCACUUAUUCUCCUCUCUAGCCGCUUCAGCUUCAUAUAACGAGUCAAAAAGGAAUCGAAGAAACCAGCCAUGGUGUUUUCAUCGCUUCCCAUCUAUCUCGAUCCACCCAACUGGAGCCAGCAAACAUCUCACCAACCACCGAGCACCACCACCAUCAGCCACCCCCCUCAACUCUCCUCGUUGAUGGCUGACCCACCUCCGCAUCCUAUUGGUCUCCCUGGCCCGACCCGCCCAGUCUCCAUGGCCGAACGAGCUCGCCUAGCCAAAAUUCCCCAACCUGAACCAGCCCUCAAGUGCCCUCGCUGCGACUCCACCAACACCAAAUUCUGCUACUUCAACAACUACUCUCUCUCACAACCCCGACACUUCUGCAAGACUUGCAGGCGUUACUGGACCCGCGGAGGCGCCCUUCGUAACGUCCCCGUUGGCGGCGGAUGCCGCCGCAACAAGAGAACAAAAGCCGGUUCCACCUCAUCCAAAACCUCCUUUUCAGCCGGGGCUUCGUCCUCCACUGCCACUGCUAGCAUGAACUCAACAACCAUCCUUCCACCGCCGCCGCCUCCUCAACUCCCUUUCAUGACACACUUUCAACCACUCAGCGACUACUCCACCACCAAUAUCGGCCUCGGUUUCACCGGAAUUCAUCCGUUGGAUUCAGUUGAUUACCAAAUUGGGAGCAGCGGCGGCGGUGGAGUUGGUCUGGAGCAGUGGAGGAUGCAACAGAUGCAGCAGUUUCCUUUCAUGGGUGGGCUUGACGCUUCUUCCACGGCACCGGCAACGGUUGCUGGGCUUUUUCCUUUUGAUGGUGAAAGUAGUGGAAAUGAUCAUCAAGGGUAUUCAACUGGUCGAAUGCUCACUAAAGCUUCUAGCUCCGGGAUUAUUUCUCAACUGGCUUCUGUGAAGAUGGAGGAUAGUUCUCAUGGGAUAAAUUUACAAAGGCAGUAUUUGGGUGUUACUGGAAAUGAUCAGUAUUGGGAUGGAAAUGGCGACGGUGGUGCAAGCGUCGGUAAUGGUGGUGGCAGUGGCUGGUUGGGAGACCUUUCGGGAUUCAAUUCCUCGUCUUCCGGCAACAUAUUGUGACUUGUGAGUUCAUUUACAACCCAAGAAGCACAAUUCUAUUGAUUUGCUUCGAACAUUAAAGCUGUGGUGAUACUUGGGAGGAAAAGAUUACAAUCUUUCAAGAACAAUAUUAUUAUGAUCAAGUAUAACUAGACCAUGAUCAUAUAUAGGUAGGCUUCUUUGUUUUGAGUUCCUUUGGGUGGUGUUUAAUUUACCUUUUUUUUUUUUUGGCUAUUUUUACUCCUUCUGCUGUAUCUCUUCAUAGGAUGGUUACUUAAUGUGGUGCAUGAGAACUAUAUUUAUGCAUGGUAUAAACUAGGUAAAGUGUGUCUUGAGUAAUUAGUAUCCUUCCUGUACUUAACAAUACCGUAAGCGUUUGUUCUUGCUUAAGUACAGUGUUGUAGAAAGUUGCACAUUUAACUGUUUGAACGUUAUAAUUAUCAAAAUGCAGUUCCAUGCAUAUAUUUUUAGGUUGUUUUA